UCACUCAAGUAGUGUGACAGAGCACACAAGCAAGCCAGACUAGUUGCAGAAGCAGAAUUUCAGAGUUUAAGAAAAUCACAAAAAGUUAGUGAUUUAAAAAGUGAGAGAGAUUUAGCCAGAGGGAGAAAGGAAAAUCAAGGUUCCUAAGGUUCUAGAAGUCAAAGGAUUUCACUGGAAUCAUUUUUUAAAGAAACUGAACUCUUCCUGCCUUUGUGUGUAGCAGGUGUCUAAAGAGAAUUUGCUCUGCAGCUUUUACUGAAACUAUCAUGACUGCAUCUGUAGGUUCUGUUCUUCAAACACUCCUCUGUGUGGGCAUGAUGUCCCAGCUUGGUAUCUGCUCCACCGAGCUCCCACUGCCGUCGACUACGCUGAUGAAUACUGUUUAUGAUGACUAUGACUCGACUGUUGACCUGGAAUCUGUGGAUUACGAUGGUUUUGUGCAGUGGUGCCAGAAGUCUGAUGUUCGGUCUUUCCGCCAAUCCUUUCUUCCAGCUAUCUACACUGUCAUCACUGUGCUCGGCCUCCUGGGCAAUGGGCUGGUUGUCGUCACCUACAUUUAUUUCAAGCGCUUAAGGACAAUGACUGACGUGUACCUCCUGAACCUUGCCCUGGCUGAUCUGCUGUUUCUCUUCACCUUACCUUUUUGGGCUGUCAGUGUGGUCAAGCAGUGGAUCUUUGGCCAAGUGAUGUGUAAAGCUGUCUAUGUGCUGUACCGUAUCAGCUUCUUCAGUGGCAUGCUGCUGCUCAUGUGUAUCAGUAUUGACAGGUACUUCUCUAUUGUCCGAGCUGCUUCAGCUCAUCGGCACCGCUCCAAGGCUGUGUACUACAGUAAGAUCGUCUCAGUUUGUGUUUGGCUAUUCUCAUUUCUUUUGUCCAUGCCUGAGCUGCUCUACAGUGACCAGAAGCAGAGUGAGAAUGGUCUGCUGUGCAAAAUGAACCUGGAUAACAGCACGAUUGUCCUCACAGCUGGCACACAGUUGGCCGUGGGGUUCUUUAUCCCUUUUAUAGUCAUGCUGUUCUGCUAUUGUGUCAUUAUUAAGACCUUACUGUUAGCCAGGAACUUUGAAAAGAACAAAGCCAUCAAAGUGAUCUUUGCUGUGGUUCUGGUCUUCCUGUUGUUUCAAUUACCCUACAACAGUGUGAUGCUGAUAGACACAAUCAAUGAUGUUAAUGCGACAGUCACCAAAUGCGACGUGAGCAAGCGAAUGAACAUAGCCAUCGAUGUGACAAAGAGCCUGGCUUAUGUCAGAUGUUGCCUCAAUCCGUUCCUCUAUGCCUUCAUCGGAGUGAAGUUCCGCAAUGACCUGUUGAAACUGAUGAAGGAGAUGGGUUGCAUGAGCACCGAGAAGCUGAUUAAAUACACCAACUUCAAGGCCACUCUGACCAGUAAACGUGGCUCUUUCGCCACUGACACAGACAGCACGACCACCUUCUCCCCAUGAAACCCUCACUGUCUAAACCCACUGACAGUGUCUCCUGGAGAAACUCGCCUGCAGAGUAAUGCAAAACCAGACCUGGACAUUCCAAAAUAAAGAGAGAUUUUCACAAAUGUUAAUGUAUCAGCGAGAUGGCCCUAGAGAGAGCCUGAGCGCAGCCGUCUCUGUGACAAGGACAUUAAUCUCUUCGAUGGGCUGUCCAGAAAACACUGCCACAGGUACUGACCAGUCACUCAUUCUCAGUUUCAAACCGGUGGCUGCAAUCCUGAACAAUUCUUCAAUUUCCUGAUUCAUUCACCUCACCAGCCUGACCCCUCACCCUGCCUCACCAGCCUGACCCCUCACCCUGCCUCAUCAGCAGAAUGGCCACAAUGUUUGACAGCAGGACUUGUGAACUGCUAUAGUGACAUAAACUCCCUGAUUCUGAGUGACAGUCAUACUCAUUCUCACUGUGUUGACAAACACUGUGCUUUCCAAAAUUCAGCUCUUGCUCCACCAAAAACAAACAUUCCUGAAACCCAUCCCCAAAGGGUAACCACCAUCCAAUUGGUGGAAUAAUGUGUCCUCAUCUCCGAGUUCCGGUCUUGGGACCCUGGUGUACCCCAGUGAGAGUCAGUGUGUGUGAGACUGUACCCCAGUGAGAGUCAGUGUGUGUGUGUGGGACUGUACCCCAGUGAAAAUCAGUGUUUGUCUGGGACUGUACCCCAGUGAGAGUCUGUGUGUGUGUGUGUGGGACUGUACCCCAGUGAGAGUCAGUGUGUGUGGGACUGUACCCCAGUGAGAGUCAGUGUGUGUGUGUGUGGGACUGUACCCCAGUGAGAGUCAGUGUGUGUGUGUGUGUGGUACUGUACCCCAGUGAGAGUCAGUGUGUGUGUGUGUGUGGGACUGUACCCCAGUGAGAGUCAGUGUGUGUGUGUGGGACUGUACCCCAGUGAGAGUCAGUGUGUGUGUGUGGGACUGUACCCCAGUGAGAGUCAGUGUGUGUGGGACUGUACCCCAGUGAGAGUCAGUGUGUGUGUGUGGGACUGUACCCCAGUGAGAGUCAGUGUGUGUGUGUGUGGGACUGUACCCCAGUGAGAGUCAGUGUGUGUGUGUGUGUGGUACUGUACCCCAGUGAGAGUCAGUGUGUGUGUGUGUGUGGGACUGUACCCCAGUGAGAGUCAGUGUGUGUGUGUGGGACUGUACCCCAGUGAGAGUCAGUGUGUGUGUGUGGGACUGUACCCCAGUGAGAGUCAGUGUGUGUGUGUGUGGGACUGUACCCCAGUGAGAGUCAGUGUGUGUGUGUGUGGGACUGUACCCCAGUGAGAGUCAGUGUGUGUGUGUGUGGGACUGUACCCCAGUGAGAGUCAGUGUGUGUGUGUGGGACUGUACCCCAGUGAGAGUCAGAGUGUGUGUGUGUGUGUGGUACUGUACCCCAGUGAGAGUCUCUGUGUGUGUGUGUGUGUGUGUGUGUGUGUGUGUGUGUGGUACUGUACCCCAGUGAGAGUCAGUGUGUGUGUGUAUGUGUGUGUGUGUGUGUGUGUGUGGUACUGUACCCCAGUGAGAGUUAGUGUGUGUGGGACUGUACCCCAGUGAGAGUCAGUGUGUGUGGGACUGUACCCCAGUGAGAGUCAGUGUGUGUGGGACCCUGGUGUACCCCAGUGAGUGUCACUUUCAGGACCAAGGAAUGAAACUGCUGUUAAAAGAAUACUUAUUGUGGUUGUUUGAAUCUUUUCCCCACAUUAUUGUCUAUAUAAAUUGAAGCUAUGAAUGUGAUGUAGAUUCUGUCGUGUAAAUAUGUUGAAUUCUGUAGGAUUUGAAAAACAGAAAAUUAAAAAUGGGACACAAACAAAGUUCCUAGGAAACUCAGCAAGUCUGGCAGCAUCUGUCAGUCCUGAGGAAGGGUCAUCGGACCCGAAACGUUAACUUUGUUUUCUCCUUCACAGAUGCUGCCAGACCUGCUGAGCUUUUCCAGCAACUUUGUUUCUGUUCCUGAUUUACAGCAUCUGCAGUUCUUUUGGUUUUAAUUAAGAAUG